AUGGCGACUGCAAGAACUGUGAAAAACGUCUCUCCUCAGGAAUUCGUCAAGGGUUAUGCUGCUCACCUCAAGCGUUCUGGCAAGAUGGAGCUUCCCGAGUGGACUGAUAUUGUGAAAACAGGUGUACUCAAAGAAUUGGCUCCAUAUGAUCCGGAUUGGUACUAUGUUAGAGCUGCUUCCAUGGCAAGGAAAAUAUAUUUGAGGGGGGGUAUUGGUGUGGGUGCCUUCCGGAGAAUUUACGGUGGGAGCAAGAGAAAUGGAAGCCGCCCACCUCAUUUUGGCAAAAGCAGUGGAUCUGUUGCUCGCCACAUUCUUCAACAGUUGCAGGAGAUGAGCAUCAUUGAGUUGGAUCCAAGAGGUGGGAGAAUUAUCACAUCCAAUGGUCGACGUGACCUUGACCAAGUUGCUGGACGAAUUGCAGUUGUUGCACCUUGA